AUGUUCGCCGCCGCUCGCACCUCGGUGCUCCGAUCCGCUCGUGCACAGCUCCGCCACACGCAGUCGCACGCCGCCUGGGCGCGGCUGGCCUCGACACUCGCCGUGCUCGAGGCCAAGGAGGGCACGCUCAACGUCGCCUCGCUCGCCGCCAUCACAGCCGGGACCAAGCUCGGCGGCUCGAUUACGGCCUUUGUCGCCGGAAGUGGGGGCAAGGCCGUCGCAGAGGCCGCCGGCAAGGCAGUGGGCAUCGACAAGGUCAUCUACGUCGACAAUGCGGCAUACGACAAGGGCCUGGCCGAGAACUGGGCGCCGCUCCUGAUCGAGAACAUCAAGAAGGGCGGGUACACACACGUCCUGACCGGCCACUCGGCGUUUGGCAAGAACCUGAUGCCCCGUGUCGCCGCUCUGCUCGAUGUCCAGCAAAUCUCCGACAUCACCGCCAUCGAGAGCGAGGACACAUUCGUCCGCCCCAUCUACGCCGGCAACGCCAUCAUGACCGUCCAGUCCAGCGACGCCACCAAGAUCAUCACCGUCCGCGGCACUGCCUUCCCCGCCCCCGAGACAGAAGGCGGCUCUGCUACGCUCGAGGAGGGCACAGAUCCCAGGGCCGAGUGCCCGACCGAGUGGCUGUCCGAGGACCUCGCCAAGUCUGACCGUCCCGAUCUCGGCUCUGCAAGCAGGGUCGUCUCUGGUGGCCGUGGACUGAAGUCCAAGGCCGAGUUCGACAAGCUGAUGCCCCCUCUGGCCGACGCCCUGGGCGCCGCCAUUGGCGCGUCGCGAGCCGCCGUCGACAGUGGCUUCGCCGACAACAGCUUGCAGGUCGGACAGACGGGGAAGAACGUUGCGCCGCAGCUGUACCUCUGCGCCGGCAUCUCGGGCGCCAUCCAGCACUUGGCUGGCAUGAAGGACAGCAAGGUCAUUGCUGCCAUCAACAAGGACCCCGAUGCCCCCAUCUUCCAGGUCGCAGACGUUGGCCUGGUAGGCGAUUUGUUCGACAAGGUGCCCGAGCUGACAGAGAAGCUGAAGCAGUAG